CCUCCACCCCCACCUACAGUAUACGGCCAACCUCCACCAGCCCCACAUCCUCCACAAUCACCACGUCAUGAUGCCCCACCAUCACUCCCAGCAAAACCAGCAGUGGAGAUCAUAACUGAGGAGCGUGUGGGACCUGACGCACAGGGUAACUACAACUUUAUCUUCGAGAGUAGUGACGGCAUCAGUCGUAAGGAACAAGGAGCUCCCCAGGGCGAGUCUGGCGCAGUGGCGACUCAAGGAGAAUGGUCGUUUACCUUCCCUGAUGGCACUCCUGGUCAGUUCUCCUUCGUUGCUGACGGUGAAGGCUUCAAAGUACAAUCUGACCUGUUGCCACAGGCCCCACCGCUGCCUCCUCACGCUGUAGCCCAGAUCGAGGCAGCUCGACUGGAGGAUGAAGCUGCAGCAGCUGCUGCUGCCAAUCAAGCUGUAGCUACACCCUAGCCAGCCUAUGCUACUCAAAUGUCUUUCUCACUUUGUCUAAAGUAGAACCCGAAUUUUUUUUGCGUAGGUUUUGGUACGUGUUUAGGAAAUUGACAUAAAGACCGUGGACAUUAGCUCGGCAAUAACCAUUUCAAAACACUUGACUCGUCAUUUAUCAGUAUUAUUCAUUAUUCACAGUGUUUCGAUUACGGAUUGUAUUUUUACCUGUUUUAUGCAGCUGAAUUCUAUGACCAUGAUUUUCUUGAUAUCAGGAUUUCUCUUACAACUACGCUGCCUAACAUUAUAAAUGCUAUAGGUGACUUAGUUCCCACCUAAGACAUUAUUAGUAACGCCGGCGCCGAUCUGAGAUCUUAGUUACUGAGUUCCUGCUUUGGAAUCUAAUUGAAAACUUCAUUAGUUGGCUGCUUCCUCAAUGCUUAUGACUUUAAUUAUUUACUGCCCUAUUUAUCGUAAUAUUCGUCAGGACAGUCCUCACACGGGUCUAUCUGUAUCGACGACCAGUUUUUUGUGGACUAGACUGACUCACAAGUGAGUACCAUCUAGGAAUGAGCAGGAAAGUGGGGAUAGGAGAAGAAUAGGAGAUAGGAAAGUUUGUAGUGUAUAGAAAAGAGAGUCGGAGCUAGACCCAGCGAAGGCGUUGUGUGGCAUCAGUAGGACAUGAUUACUCAGGCUUGGGAGGACAACAAUUGCUACCACCUGCAGCUCACAAGACUGCCAUUCCCACGAGCCCCUUUGGGGCGGGGCAGAUGGCAGACCAGAGGCCUAGCUUCUCCCUACGAGCCCCGUGAGGGCGGGGAAUGUGGCUAGGCCUGGGGACAGUUUGUCCCAAAGAUGAGGGGGUACUUGCACCUCCUCCCAUGGGAGACUUAGGUCUCGAGAUACUCCCCAGAUAGGGAGCCAAGGCCGGGUCGCCACUACUUGGAAAAGACCCGGGCCGGGAGAAUACCGGCGAAUAAGAAAAAAAAACAAAGCUGACAGCCUAGCGCGUUUUCGUAGUGUCUUCAUGGUAGUAACAGUCGUGAAUCCUGAGUGAAUCCUGUCGGUAUUAUAUACAAUUCUUGUACUACUACUACUACUACUACUACUACUACUACUACUACUACUACUACUACUACUACUACCACCACCUCUUCUUGCCUAUAUAUAGCCGUCCUGCUCCACCUCUGUUAGUGUGACUUUGUCAAUGGUCCAAGUCGGACCGAAACGUCGUCGUAAGCUUCUCUCUUUCAUGUGCGGGUUAUUUGUGUAUAAUCCUGAGUGCUUUCAAUACUUCCUCUUUCGCAAUAAAAACACUUAUACUUACACAGCUUUUACAUUUUACAUGAUUAUUUUUUUCCUCACUGUGAGCAUUGUCAGUCCAAUGACAAAGGUGGGAUUGGAACUAAGCAUUUUCUAAUGCAGUAAUCUAGUGUUGCAAAAGUCUAUUUACUACGAUAUGUUUCCAUUCAUGUACCAGUUUCCUGUAAAUACUUGUCUUCAGCCCCUGCUGCUUGUGAUGUAAGUCAUCAGUCUCAACUUUCUUCAAUAUCUAGUUAUGUUUCAGCUGCCAUUGGUCAUAACGCGUCCAUUGCCUAGAAGUCAUAGAUCUUAGUUUUGUUUUUAAUUCCUGUUUCCUUUAAUAAAUCUAGCUGUUUUCAGUAUCUAGACAAGUGAAAUUUCAUGAACAUUCAGGUCUAGUUUCCUUCCAUUCUAGAUGAUUUUCAAAAACAAUGACUGCAACUGCUACUAGAACCAAUGGAGGCUUCAGACCCGGAGCUAAAUAAUUUAAUCUACAUAAUAU